AUGAGUUUCGCCAAUAAAGUGGUGAUCGUUACGGGAGCAAGUUCUGGCAUCGGUGCUGCAGUUGGCAUCAAAUUCGCUGAAGAAGCUGCUAACGUUGUACUAGUAGCACGCAAUCAAGAAAAACUUAAAGAAGUCCUCAAGAAAUGUGAUAAACACCGUGGUAAAGCCAUCAUGGUGAUCGCAGACGUCACCAAAAACGAAGACAUAAAGAAAAUAAUAGCUCAAACCAUUAAUCAGUUUGGAAAAAUUGAUAUUUUGAUCAAUAACGCAGGAGUAGGAGGCAAAGCUGCGGUCUGGGAUACGAAAGCUAUGGAAGUUUUUGACAAAGUGAUAGCUACAAAUCUUCGUUCCGUGGUCUACCUAACGAACCUAGCAGCUCCUCACUUGAUCCAGACAAAGGGCAACAUAGUCAACAUCUCUAGUAUCGCAGCCGUAAGUGUGAUCACAGCUGAACAUUUUGCUUAUUGCACUUCAAAAGCUGGCUUGGACCAUUUCAUGAGAUCAGCUGCUCUUGAUUUUGCUCCGAAAGGUGUGAGGAUCAACUCUGUAAACCCAGGGCCUGUGAGGACGGAUUUUAUUCAAAAUCUUGGUGUGGGUAAGGAUGAAGCUAACAGUUUUUGGGAUAAGAUGAAGGAGGCGACUGCUCUUGAUAGAAUCUCAGAGCCUGACGAAAUAGCUGAUGUAGUGUUGUUCUUAGCUAGCGACAAAGCGAUAGCUAUUACUGGUUCGUCCUAUAUAACUGAUAAUGGAUGUUUGUUGAGGAGACCGUUUAAGGAGCUGUAA